CCGUCCGCGCGCUCGCCGGCAAGAAGCGGCACAGUCGAGCGGGUGGAACGUGGGUCGCGUGUUCCCCGAGUGAGAGCGCCAGGGAGCGGGAAGACAACGACCGGAGUCGGAGCCCGAGUCUGAAUCUGAGUCUCGGGGCCGGAACAGAAGCCGGAGCCGGAACAAGAGCCUGAUCCCAAGAGCGCCGCCCGCGCACCCGGCGUUGCCAGAGUCACCAACGCAGCGCGCCAUGGAUCCCAGCAGCAAGAAGCUGACGGGUCGCCUCCUGCUAGCUGUGGGAGGAGCAGUACUUGGCUCCCUACAGUUUGGCUACAACACUGGAGUCAUCAAUGCUCCACAAAAGGUGAUCGAGGAAUUCUACAACCAGACAUGGAUCCAGCGCUAUGCGGAGAGCAUCUCACACAACACACUCACCACUCUCUGGUCCCUCUCGGUGGCCAUCUUCUCCGUCGGGGGCAUGAUUGGCUCCUUCUCUGUGGGCCUCUUUGUUAACCGCUUUGGCCGGCGGAAUUCGAUGCUGAUGAUAAAUGUGCUGGCCUUCCUGUCUGCUGUGCUCAUGGGCUUCUCAAAGCUGGGCCAGUCCUUUGAGAUGCUGAUCCUGGGCCGUUUCAUCAUUGGCGUGUACUGUGGCCUGACCACGGGCUUUGUGCCCAUGUACGUGGGGGAGGUAUCCCCCACAGCCCUCCGCGGGGCCCUGGGCACCCUGCACCAGCUGGGCAUUGUCAUCGGCAUCCUCAUCGCCCAGGUGUUCGGCCUGGACUCCAUCAUGGGCAACCAGGAUCUGUGGCCCCUGCUGUUGAGCAUCAUCUUCCUUCCAGCCCUGCUGCAGUGCAUCCUGCUGCCCUUGUGCCCCGAGAGCCCCCGUUUCCUGCUUAUCAACCGCAACGAGGAGAACCGGGCCAAGAGUGUGCUGAAGAAGCUGCGUGGCACAGCAGAUGUGACCCGUGACCUGCAGGAGAUGAAGGAGGAGAGCAGGCAGAUGAUGCGGGAGAAGAAGGUCACCAUUCUGGAGCUGUUCCGCUCGCCCGCCUACCGUCAGCCCAUCCUCAUCGCUGUGGUGCUGCAGCUGUCCCAGCAGCUGUCGGGCAUCAACGCUGUCUUCUAUUACUCCACGAGCAUCUUUGAGAAGGCGGGGGUGCAGCAGCCUGUGUAUGCCACCAUCGGCUCCGGUAUUGUCAACACAGCUUUCACUGUCGUGUCGCUGUUUGUGGUGGAGCGAGCUGGCCGGCGGACCCUGCACCUCAUAGGCCUGGCUGGCAUGGCGGGCUGCGCCGUUCUCAUGACCAUCGCACUGGCACUGCUGGAGCAGCUACCCUGGAUGUCCUACCUGAGCAUCGUGGCCAUCUUUGGCUUUGUGGCCUUCUUUGAAGUGGGGCCAGGCCCUAUACCAUGGUUCAUUGUGGCUGAGCUCUUCAGCCAGGGACCUCGCCCAGCUGCCAUUGCCGUUGCUGGCUUCUCCAACUGGGCCUCAAAUUUCAUUGUGGGCAUGUGCUUCCAGUAUGUGGAGCAACUGUGUGGCCCCUACGUCUUCAUCAUCUUCACCAUACUCCUGGUUCUGUUCUUCAUCUUCACAUACUUCAAAGUUCCUGAGACUAAAGGCCGGACCUUCGAUGAGAUUGCUUCUGGCUUCCGGCAGGGGGGAGCCAGCCAAAGCGACAAGACACCCGAGGAGCUCUUUCACCCGCUGGGGGCUGAUUCCCAAGUGUAAAGAGCCCCGUAACACCAGCCCAGCAUGUUCCCAGCAGCAGCAAGGAUCUCUAGGAGCACAGACAACUGGACAAGACUUCCAAGCUGACAGAUGUCAGCAAAGCUGGGCCUGGGGCUCUCUUCUUCAGCUAGCAAUGAUGUCCAGAAAAAUAUUCAGGACUUCAACAGCUCCAGAAUUUUAACAAAAACAAGACUGUUGCUCACAUCUAUUCAGACAACAGGUUUUAUAGGUUUUUUUAAUUACUGAUUUUAUUAUUUUUUUAUCAGCCAGAGUCUCCUUUACCUAUACCCAGACUUCACCCUGAAUAUACCCAGACUUCACCCUGAAUCGCCUCAGUGCCUGAGGGUGGAGAGCAGGCCCUUCCCAGACACUUGCCUUCUUUGCCAAGCUAAUCAGUAGGGCUGGCCAGACCUGUGAGCAAGGACACACUAAUAGAACUACAAACUACAAGGCUUCUACCCCAGGAAAUGGCUGCGGCCACUCUCUUGUGCUGGCCUGGAUCUCCGCCACCCCAGGGGUCAGGCUCUGUUAGGAUUUGCCCAUUCCCAUCUCUUCCUACUCAACCACUCAAAUUAAUCUUUCCUUGCCUGAGACCAGUCAGGAGCACUGGAGUGCAGGGAGGAGAGGGGAAGGGCCAGACUGGGCUGCCGGGUUCUAGUCUCCUUUGCACUGAGGGCCAGACGAUCACCAUGAGAGGAGGCUGAGGGCUCACUGCUCCAGAAUACAUGGACACUCCUGCCCUGCUGUGUAUAGAUACAAGAUAUUUAUAUAUAUAUUUUUUGGUUGUCAAUAUUAAAUACAGACACUAAGUUAUAGUAUACCUAGACAAACCAACUUGUAAAUACACCACCUUACUCCCUCUGUAACUUACCUAAAUAGAUAUAAAUGGCUGGUUUUUAGAAA